CAGUAAAGUACGUGUCGAAAUUGAGGAGAUAUACUAACGUCUUUUUUACAUCGUUGCCUUCACAGUUCAGCAUGUUGUGCUUCGUCGUGCUAUGCUUGGCCGUCCAACUGAGCUACUGCGGUGAUGUAGAACCAGGUGGCCUGGGGCCUGGUUCCUUUGGAGGACCUGGUAGCCUCAGUCUUGGGGACGGAUUUGGUGUGGGUCUCCUGGAUCCACUGAGUCUUGGAUCACCUGGAGCUGCACAGGUUGUGCCUCUGGCCACGACGGUGUCCUUCGUUCGGCAGCCAUUUAUCCGCAUCGGCUACGUGGCCCGGCCUGUGGUCACUUAUGUCCAUCAGCCGGUGGCCUCUGUCAGCCACACCAUCAGACCUGUCGUGCACUUGAAGCAGGAGCUGGUCGGCUUCAACGUUCCUUUAGCCGGAGGGGGACUCAGUCCUGGAGGCCCCAAAGGCCUGCACUAUGGAUGGAAAAAGUGAACAGAGUGUACCUUGACGUUGCCUUACAUGUCACUGCUCGGUCGGUUCACCGACUAGUUUUCGUCGUCUGGCGAGGCUCUCAGAAGACUAAAAAAACAACAACACUUGGCGAGCGUGUGAAACCUGACGCGAUGCGAUAGCUGUAUCGGCACCUGGUGUUUUCACUUUGAGUUGCAAAUAAUCUUUGUGUAAGAAACGCAAAAUAUUUGAGCAAUUUUCUUUGGAUGAGCUUGUGAGCCUGCUCCCGGGUACAGCUCUGCAGAGCUUGAAUAUAUAUUUUUAUAUGUCUCGCA